AUGUACGAAGUGACCGCAACGACGGAGGAAGCACCUUCGGUAUCAGUUUUGUCCAAGCAUCCUUAUAUCCAAGUUUUUGCUGAGGAAUUAGUCGCCACUGCGCCAUCGGAGAAUCUAUUCCUGUGCCCGAUGAAUGUAACAGAUGGUGUGAACUUAACGUCCUGGCCGUCAAAGGAGGUUAUUAUCAACGGUACACUUUGUAUGGAUUAUGAUGAGCUCAUGGAGCUCAAGGGUAGAGGAGAUUUUUUGAAGUGUCUAACGGAGGUGAUCAACGUCACCACACAUGCAUUGGACAGGUUGGGUGUCGAUGCGACCAUCAUCGAUGGUACCCUAUUAGGUUGGCAACGACACGAUGAGAAUCAUAUACCCUGGGAUGUCGACGGCGAUCUCCUCAUCAUGCAGAGUCAUUGUCGGAAGGCCUUCUCUACCCACGCCACCAUCCAUCAUAAGAACAUGGCAUCCCUUCUACAGGAGUAUCUACCCGAUGAUUCGCGCUAUCGUGUGGCUGGUAUCUUCUAUGGCGACGGAUCUGAAUUGGAGGCUGAUGAGUGGGAAGGCUGUGACCCCCGUGAGAUCCGCGUCGUUCUCCGAUAUGGGCAUGUGGACUGCCACGCCGACGUAUUCCAGAUGCUGCAAUCGAAUCACACCGGUGGUCAGGAGUGCGCAUCGUGCCCAGGCUACGAUGAAGGCCAGGUUACCGUUUGCCGAGAACGAGAUGAUUCAUGUGCUUUGUAUGACGACUUCUUCCCAAUGAGAUGGGAUAAGCUGGACGAUGAUGAUGUCAAGGUUGCCUUACGCGCUUCUUAA